CAGAGAGGUACCCGCAUGGACCAAGCCAAGAUGCUGUGAAUCUUAACCUUGAGCCUCGAUUUUUUUUGACAAGAAAAAUGGCACACUGUUGCGGCAACCUGACUGGCAUCUCAAAGAAACGCCACAGAGCAGCAACAUUGGAGCACGUGGCAGCGACGGGCAGGCGCAGACAACAGACAGCCGGCAGCAGGCUGAUGUACCCAUCACGAGGUUCCGCGACAGUCUCGUGCCUGCCCGUUUUGCGUUGAGCCCCGAUCGUCCAGGGAUGGCCCUCAUUGGCCUUGGCCACCACGGCGGUCAAUAAGCGGGGCCUACAGGCUGUCAUUACUUGCCGUUGCUUUGCUCAGCGUGCCGUCCAAUCCAGUCCCGUGGCGGGUGUCUGGGCUGUCUAGCGCCCGUGAGCGUGCGGGACGACCCCUGUGACAGGGACCAACGCUGGCUGAGGCCCUCAUGAAUUUACUUUGGACCCUGCCCGCCACCACAAAAACAACAUUUACUGCUGUGUCUGCACAAUCACCACCAGAACUUUUCCACGCCAAAACUGCCCAAAGCCGCUCCUGCCCGCCGCAUUUUCCCAGCCCAGCCGCCGAUCGCAAGGGCCAAGCAGCGUCCCGUCCCGCUCUUUGCCUCAUUUCGAGGCCCUCGUCUCGACGAGGGAACAGCCCCUCGGUGACGACAUAGUACCGGCCUCGCUGGCAGUGGUGCCUCGAGCAGCCACCCAACCAGAAUCGCCAAGAUGCGAGAUCCGUUCCCCAUACCGAUAAUCCCCGCCCUGAGCAAGGCAGUCGAGCCCCUGGCCGAGAAGCUCUCGUUAUCGACGCUGCCGCUGCACAUCCACGAGGUUGUUGCCGGCGUUCUUCUCUACACCUUCGUCCAGCUCGUCGUCUCGCCAUGGAUCUCGAUGAAGCUCUGGCCAAAGUACUAUCCCCUCCAUGACCGAGGCAAGCGUGUCAGCUGGGACGCCCACGUCGUGUCCAUGGUCCAGAGCUGCCUCAUCAACGUCCUGGCCGUCUGGGUUAUGUUCGCCGACGAGGAGCGCUGGAACAUGGACCGGGAGCAGCGUGUUUGGGGCUACACGGGCGCCCACGGCAUGAUCCAGGGCUUGGCCGCCGGCUACUUUGUCUGGGAUCUCAUCGUGACCGUCAUUCACCUCGACGUUUUCGGCCUCGGCCUUCUGGCCCACGCCAGCAGCGCCCUGGCCGUCUAUUCGUUUGGCUUUAGGCCGGUCCUCAACUACUACGCGACCACCUUCAUCCUUUAUGAGUUGUCGACUCCCUUUCUGAAUAUCCACUGGUUCUUGGACAAGCUGGAGAUGACGGGGACCAGGGCCCAGCUGUACAACGGCAUCUGCCUCAUCACCGUCUUCUUCUCGUGCCGCCUGGUAUGGGGCAACUACCAAUCUGCCAUGGUCUACAAGGAUAUGUGGCACGCCGUGAAGUCGGGCCCAGCCAUAUUGGCGUCUCAGACAGCCAACAGCGCUUCCGUCGCGUACGGUGGUGACGACAUCAUGAGGUUCGCCCAGGACGCCGGGCCGAUCCCCAUGUGGCUUACUGGCGUCUACUUGGCAAGCAACAUGACGCUUAACAUGCUCAACGUCCACUGGUUCUUCAAGAUGAUCAAGGCUGUCAAGAAGCGCUUCGAGCCGGCCAAGGAUGCGCCGAAAUCCAAGGAAAAGGUGGCAGCCGUCACCCCCAAGGGCGUCGCUACGGGCCUGCAGCAGAAGGCUGACGAGCUCCGCAAGCGACAACUGCUAGACUCAGUGCCUGCUAUCGAGAGCGACCUCGCCGAGAUGCAGUAGUCGAGUAUCGAGCCUGAUUUUUCGGUCCCUGUCGCGCUUCACGCCGCGUCCUCGCCCAGACCCGCGCGGGCACAGAGAUUGCUUUGGGUCGUCAUGUGGCCCAAAUCUCCGUCCCUGUCGCCAGUUUUGGUGUCCUUCUGUUUCUAGGUUUCUAUUGGUUGGUUAUGGCGAUUAUAGAUCAUGUAUAUAAUGCUCGUCGAUUGCUUAUUUGACUGUUACCUCCUGCACUGCGCCUCGCCCAUAUGCUUUUCUCUCGGUUUCCUGCACCACAGGGGGAUAACCACGCCAUGCAAGGUUAUACCUUGG